AUGACAGCUAUCCGGCGCCGAAACACCGAGAGGCACUCAGACGAAAGAGCCAUGGCGGCCACGGGUGGAGGGAAAAUUAGAAGCAGGAGAUAUCAUAUCGCCUCUAAACCUUACGCCAAGAAUAAACAGCAACAGUCAGGCCUCAUCAGUCGAGUGACAGACACAGUAAAGAGCAUCGUUCCUUCCUGGCUGCAGAAAUACUUCAAGAGUGAAGAUGCUCCUGAAGAAGGAGGCUCUGCACUGGGGACAGACCAGAACUGCCAGCCACCAACUCCUCCAAAUGGCAGCGAAGAAGGACCUCUUCCACUUGAUGGAUGCGACUCCCCAGAGCCAAGCACAAGUUACACUGAACCCUCAACCAGCCGGGCAUCCCUAAACUUUCAGGGCGAUGUGCUUUCUCGACCCCCACUGAGUCGUUCGCACCAUCACUUUCCACCGCUGGAGACCUCCUCCCCGACCCUGGGGACCUCCAGCGGCCUGUUCUCCCAACCCUCCACCUCAUCUGCCCCUGGACCCUUUUCCACAGGCUUCUCCUUGGUCAAAGAAAUCAAGGACAACUUCUCGCAGCAUGAAGAUGAUAACAUCUCAACCACAAGUGGCUUCUCCUCCCGAGCCUCAGAAAAAGAUGUCCCCACUUCCAAAACGGCAUCACUUCCUCAACUUUGGUCCCCAGAGAUGGAGAGAACACAGUCUGGGCCUCAGCCUGCCCAGUCCAGUCUUAGAAAGCCUUCUUUCAACCUGUCUGUAUUUGGAACUUCUUCCAAUUCGUCGUUAAACAGCACAGUACUAAACUCCAGCCAGCUCGGAGAUUCACCCUUCUACCCUGGGAAGACCAUGUAUGGUGGAGCAGCUGCAGUCAGGACCUCUCGUGCUCGUCCUGGAACCCCAUAUCAGGCCCCAUUGAGGAGACAGAUCAAGGCCAAGCCUGCUUGUGCUCAACCCUGUGGGGUGACCAGCGCCACAGCGAGACGCAUCCUUCAGUCCUUGGAGCGAAUGUCGAGCCCCCUGGCUGAUGCUAGGAGAAUCCCAGCAGCAGCCUCGUCCCCCUUGUCAGCAUCAAUAGAUGGCACAAAUCUAGAUGUUUCACAAGCAAAAAGGAAACGUAUGGAUUCCUCCCUCCCACCGGUGCAGAAGCUGAUGGUUCCUGUUGCAGCGUUGGUGUCAGGAAACCGUUCUGUGUCCUUUAGGCCGACUUUGACUCCAGGUGGAGUGAGCCGAACUCUUGACAGGGCCCCAAGAGAGACGCCUACAAGAAAAUCACCGCAACUACCUGAAGUAACUCCAGGUCCAUCUCGAAGCACAAUGAUUUCUAGUGGCCCAGCCUAUCCUCUGUCCAGCACGCCUGCAGCCAGCAGCGUGAGCUCUGGAGGGGGCAAGAUGAAGAGGGAGAGGACCAGCACACGGCCUUCCUCUAAACGCCCUGAAGAGGAUGAGGUGGCUGAAGUACUGGACCUACCAAUCAUUUCACUUCCCAUCAGCUCCGCUGCCUUGCCUACCUUCAGCUUCUCCUCCUCUCUUCCCCCUGUUGCCACCAACAGCACUGCUCCCAACAUCACGCAUGUGACUCCUGCUAAGGAAAUUGUCUCAAAUAAGGAGCCACCAACGGCCUCGACACCUCCCUCUGUACCGUUUACAUUUUCCUCCCCUAUUGUCAAAGCGACUGCUGCUAGUCCUCCUUCUUUUUCCCCCUCAGCUGGAUUCACUUUUAGUGCACCUGCAAAGUUAGGACCCUCCAUGUCUAAUGGAAAGCUUGCCUAUCCCAUAGAAGCAGCCGUGAAGUUUGCAACAAGCAAAAUCACUGAAGAUUUUGAAGGGCCUUUCAAGCCAGCCAAAGCCCUGAAGCAGGGCAGUGUUUUGGAUCUUCUGAAGGCACCUGGCUUUGCUUCUCCGGUUGCUCAGCCUUCCCCAGGCCCAGCAAGCGAUCUCCUGCAGACCUCCACACUAUCCACAACCCCCUCCUCCAUUACAACCACCACAUCCUCCCCUUCUUCAACAAGAUUUGGCGAUGUGUUCAAAGCCCCACCAGGCUGGGGCUGUGAUGUCUGCUUGGUGCAGAACAAGCCAUCAGACACCAAAUGUGUUUGCUGUAUGGCCCCACAGCCGUCUUCAUCCAAAUCUAUGGACAGUAAACCUUCAACAGCCACCUCGGCUGGGCGAGAGAGCAGCGGCACGUACACCACCUCCACCACUACAACUACUGCAGGCAUAAUGUUCUUCAAACCAGGAACUUGGGACUGUGAUACAUGCCUGGUUCUAAACAAACCUGAUGCAGUGAAGUGUGUGGCCUGUGAAACGGCCAAACCUGGGACAGGGCUUAAACCCUCACUGACUCUUCCUUCUGCCUUCUCAGCUGUUAAGACUGUAUCCCCACCUACAGCCCCUGUUUCUACAGGGUUCGUCGGAUUUGGAGACAAGUUCAAAAAACCUGCGGGUGCAUGGGAAUGUGAUACAUGUAUGAUAGAAAACAAGGCAGAGGACACAAAGUGUGUGGCCUGCACCAGCUCUAAACCAGGAGCUUCAGCAGGAGCCUCUUCAACCAGCAAUGCUCAAGUGUUUGGGUUGGGAAAUGCAUUCAAGAUGCCAGAAGGUGGCUGGGAUUGUGAUGCCUGUCUUCUCCAAAAUAAGGCUGCAGACGUCCAGUGCGUUGCCUGUCAGGCAGUCAAACCGGGAGCUAAAGUGGAGCCCAAAGCUUUUGGUUCAUCCGCUGCUGUGACUUCAGGCUCUAAUUCUGGAGUUUCUAACUUUGGUACAUCAGACAGUACUUCGGGAGAUGAAUCUGUAGGUUUCAAGUUUGGAGGCUCAUUGACGGAAUCCUCCUCUUCAUCUUCAUCAGGUGGAUUCAAAUUUGGAGGCACAUUUGGAAGCUCCUCUACAGAAACCUUUUCUAAAGACACUACUGCCUCAUCGGGGUUCAAAUUUGGCAGCUCAUCUGAGGGCUUUAAAUUUGGGACUUCCUCUCGUGAUGACAAAAAGUCAGACCAAUCUGCUGCAGCUCCUGGUUUUAAGUUUGGAACAAGCGCUGGGAUAGUAUUUGGAACGGGCUCAUCUAACACAGAGAGCAACUCCUCAAAGGGCGGCUUUACAUUUGGACUCUCAAAGCCAGAGGAGAAAACGGCAGACACUACCACCAACCCAUCCUCUUGUAGUUUUACUCCUCCCGCGCCCUCUCAGGAGAAAAGUGAGGUUGCUGCAUCAUCAAACGACACCACAUCCACAACCACCGCUGGGUCGGUAUUUGGGAGUUUGGCGGCCACCACACCACAAGGGGGCUCUACGUUUGGAACCUUACAAAAAGACAAAGCGCCAGCGGCUCCCACGUUUACUUUUGGAAAGCCAGAGGAAAAGAAGGAAGCCGCUGCCUCCUCGGCUACGUCUGCCUUCCUCUUCGGUGCUGCUAGUAAAGAUACAGAUGCUGCUGCGCCAGCAGCGGCCGUCUCAGGAGGCUUUUCCUUUAGCAAGCCCAGUGCUCUAACAGAACAACCUCCACCCGCCUAUAAUUUUGGCAAGCCAGCAGAGAAGAGUGAAACUGCAGAGGCCCCGAAGCCGUCUUUUAGCUUUGGACAAAGUGCUGCAGAUUCUUCGACUGCUCCAAAACAAGCAUUUUCCUUUAUGGUUGGCAAUGCCACCAACACCGUCAACUCCACCACUUCGUCAUCCACGAUCCCGACGCCCAGUCUGUUCGGCAUCAGCAGUUCCACUCAAGCUCCGGCUCCUUCUGCAGCUCCAAGCACUUUCAUGUUCGGUCAAACUGCUGCAACAUCCAAUGACGCUCCACCAGCUAAAGCCUUUGUCUUUGGCCAGAGUCAGGACAGCCAGCCCUCUGCUCUGUCAGCUGCCCCUCUGAACUCUACUCCCACUCCAGUCCCAGCUCAGCCCUUUAUCUUUGGUGCUCCUGCCAGUGCUGCUGCUGCUCCUCCUGCUGCUGCGGCUCCAUCCUUCGGCUUUGGAGCAGCAGCACCCACUGCUGCCUCAACUACAGCUCCAUCUGCAGCUCCCUCACCAUUUGCAUUCAGCCCGGCCCCCUCUAGUGGAUUUGGGGCCAAUCAGACUUCUUCAUUCGGUUCCUCCUUUGGAUCCCUCUUCCCAGCCCCACCGGCCCAGCCCCCAGCCUUCGGAGCCAAACCCAACGCCACACCUGUCUUUGGACAGCAGACCAAUGCCACACCUGUAUUUGGGGCAGCUGCUAAUUCUACCCAAGGUGGAGGCUUUCAGUUUGGAGGAGCCAGUGCAUUCGGAGCCACAAACAACACCUCAGGAGGAGUGUUUACUUUUGGACCCCCUGCAAACCCCUCUGUUGCACCCCAGGCAGGACCCACUGGAGGUGGAUUUAAUUUUACCAAACCCCCACCAUUCAAUAUUGGGUCAACAAAAUCCGUCACCACCCCUCCUGCAGGACAGCCAGCGAUUGCUGGGCGCAAGAUCAAGACAGCGGUGCGGCGCAGAAAGUAGAGCCAUGUGGACUCGACGAUAACGAAGACGUGACUUUGACUUGACUGUAUCCCCACUGAAGGCUGAAUGAAGUCCUAGAAGGUCUCAGCAAAACGAACACUGAAAUGAUGAGGCAUUGUGAAGAAGGGCUGAGGCUCGGGCCACUUUGUGCUCGGACUGGACGGGUGUGCGUGUUUCAGCUCUAAGCUGAGCUGAUCACCCAGAGGUUUUCACCAGAGCUGUUAACAUGUGAGACUAAUUCCACAGAAAAACUGUUGACUGAACAAUGAGACUGACUUAGAAAAGAACAAUCAAGCAAAGACUCAACACCAUGAAACAAAACCGUUAUAUCUAUAUUUUCAACACUGGCAAAUGUCUGCUGGACUUUAGGCAUGACUUUUUGUAAGAAAAUUACAAAGGCAAAAACUGCAAAUGUAGAGAGUUGUGAGUACACAAAAUCCUAUAAAUUAGUAUGGGUGACCAGGUUAUGUGCUGUGAUCUGCAGAGACGUAGUGAGAGCUGUGCGGCACAUCUCCAGUGGUUAUCCUUAAAACUAUUAAGACUGCUCCUCU